CGUGCAUCGAGUUUAGGUUCCGUCGUUAGCCAAAAGCCAAUCUUAUACUCCUUUUUUUACAAAACUAGUCACGCCUAUUUUACUUAAAAGAUUGUUCAAAUCGAGACGAGCGGCUUAUUUGAAUAGACAGAAUUUCAAUACGGUAUUAUACGACAUAUCGGGAGUCGAUUGAUAUCAAUACAUUUCUUGAUUUUAUUAGUUUUAACACUCGAUGGAACAAACUAAUAAGUGUAGGCUAAUUUCCGAAGCUGAUAAUUUACUCCUCUCCCUAUUCCAAGAGAGUGUUAGUUCCUCAGGAAUAAACAGGGAAUUAAUCGAAUGUACUGCUUAUUCGGUGGAUGACCUUUUAAUCAGAUUUUACCCGGAAUUAAAACCUUAUCGUUCGCUGGAAAAGUGUAAUUCUGAGUCAUAUAUUCCAUCUUUAUCUUUUUUGUGCAAUUUGGAAAAGUGGCGGCAAUUUUAUAAGACAGAUCAUUUGAGAACUGCAAAAUGGAUGCAUAGGACUAGAUCAAGUGUUUUUCAAUGCUUUAGCCUACCGAAUAUUCUGUUGAAUGAGGAAGAAGAUGGACUGAUGCCGGAAGAAUCCGAUUGGUUUCUUGUCGAUGUUGCAUCGGCCGAUCGCCGAGGUUUAAGAUUACCUGUAGAUCCUCCCACUUUAUUAUUCCUUGGAUCAUCACCAAGUUGCGAUAUCCAAUUAUUAACGGAAUCUAUUGAGAAGAAGCAUUCCGUUCUGACAUACGAUAUUUACCAUAGAAAGUUUAAAGUUAAAGAUCUCAACAGUAAAGCCGGCACAUUUGUCAACGGUUCGGCAAUCUGUUCUUCUACAUUCUCUCUAUUGAAUAAUAAUGACACACUCCAGAUUGGUAACGACCCAUCUUUAUUUAGAAUGGAGCAACAUAUAAGGAGAGAACAACCAAAACCGUCCGAACAAGAGACUCAUAGUCGUCAAGUUUGGACUAAUCAGCAUAGAAUGCAUCCAAAUGUCCAAUACCCAACCCACUAUUUUACUCAAAGGCCGGCUGAGUGUUCUGGCUGUUUAGCUGAAAACAGACUGCAGCACACCUGCGGAGCAAACGACGAUUAUACCGCAUCAGUUUGCUCAUCAGCCUCCUCGGCCACUGGUUCCCCUUUUUGUGGUGACCUUCAUAAAGAGCAAAGAAAUCAUAUCCCUCCCUGGUCAUCUCGUAAUUCCUCUGGUGAAGCAGGUCGAAUUAUAGUUAAAUAUAUUCGUCCAAACCAGGCAGGUGGAAGUCCAACUAAAGGAGAAUACUCAAUUCCUACAUCAGUUGGCAGCAUCGAGCAACCAACAAAUAUCUCAAGUAAUCGGCCGAUAGAGUAUAUUCCCCCAUGCUUCGAAUCAUAUGACACUCAACAUACUGAAGAAGCCGACGGUGGUCACUUUACUAUUGUUGAUCAACACGUUCCGUCCAGACCGAAUAAACUAUUAAGACACCGACCAUCUUACGACGACAAGGUCCCAACACCUCCUUCAUCGUCUAGAUGUAACAGGACUUAUCAACCUCCCUUUUACGGGUCACCGGAAAGGAGCACUUUUUUUUAUUCGGCCAACCGUAGCCCUUAUUACGACCAGUCUAUGGAAAGGGCAAGACAGGUUGAAAGCAAGCCACCCGAAAACGAAAUGGAUUUAAUACAACGUCGAAUACACAAUGCAAUUAGUUCUUUGAAUGAAGAAAUUCCUCCUACGAGAAAACUACCACUUAUUCCGGAUGAUAUAUUGUUCAGUCUAAAUUGUAAAAAUGACGGAGUAAACGUGCAGCACGUAAAAACUACGGAAAGUUCAACCGAAAGUAAAGCUGUUACGAAAAGUAUGGUUAGUACAGUCGACGCAUCAACGAGUCCAGGGGAAGAAUUGAGUUUAUCGAGUUGUGGCGGUGUUAUUACGCCUGCUUGCGAGCAGGACGAAGAGGAAGAGACACCUACGAAGGAUAAGGAAGCCAUUUUCGAUAAUAACGAUAAUAUUACAUUAUCCAAAGAGGGAAAAGAAACAAAACCUCCUUCUCGUAGUCCACCGGAGAAAGAUUCGAGUCCUAUGGCGGCUACGUCUUUUACUAUUAAUUUUGAUUCAUCAACCAAGUCGAAGAAGAGUCCACCGAAGAGAUUCUCUCAACCCCGUCAAAAUGUAGAUGCAUCUCCAACUAAACCGGUCAAAAUGGAAAUUUCGCCUCCCUUGUCGCCGGUUCUUUCACCUACGUUGCCACCUUCUAGCGCUUUUGUAAUUAGUUUAAAUGAGAGUGGUACUGAUAAAAGUUUGCAAGAUUGCGUUCCAGCUCGUUUGAAAAGGCGUUCUCGUCCAAAGAAACAGGAGGAUGAGCCUCCAUCUCCAGAAACGAAAAGUAUUUCAAGGUCAAAUCAACAAAGAACUGGAACUUUCACGAAGAAAAAGUCUGUACCACCAUCGCAUGCCUCCGAUAGUGAAUACUUAGUGAAUAAAUUGCUAAAGUCGCAGCCUACCAAUCGCUCGGUUGUAUCAGAGCCCGUUAGUCGAAAAUCUAAGGGACCGCCGACCGAACGUGAAUUGUAUAGUGAAUCGAAAUUGUACGACGAUUCAAUGAGUGACGCAGGCCAGAGCGAGGCUGGUACAUAUACAGUAGAAGUGAAUCGCGACAAUACAGACGAACAAAUAGCAAGAGAUAAUAUCGACAAUAUUUUCGGUGUCUCUGAACAAUUGGAAGAUUUGUCCAAUAGCUUGCAGAAUACUAUCGAAGAAGUUUUUGUUGACGAUGACGGAGAGGCCACGGAUACUGACGUUUGCGACAUAGAUCCCGAUGAAGUUCCUGCUCCUCCUUUGUCUCCUCGAGUUCCUCUCCCCCCUCCACCAGCUGUUAAACAAAGUAUGGAAGUCAAUAUAGGUACACCUAGAAAGAGCCAUAAUAAAGCCGCACAACAAAAAAGCGAGUAUAAAUCUGUUACGACUUCAAAAAAGACAAACGAAGUCCAGAAAAGACCGAAAUCGUAUAAUCAUAAGGCGUUAACGCCCAGGGAAUCUUCUACUGAACCAAUAACUAGAGUGAAACCAACGCCACGAAAGGAACAGAGUAGAAAUUCGUGGAAUACCAACUCGUCCAAAGAGUACUAUAGAGGACGGUCUAGAGAAGAAAAAAAUACUAAGGUCACAAGGAAAGCGACUCCAGUUCUACGUAGUGAAAGUCAGGACUCGUCUUCAUCAAGAUCACGGUCUAAAUCUAUUCCUCCAAAGCUAAAUCUUCGCCUUAGUGACUCUGAAGCCAGUGACCAUAGCCCCCGCUUACACAGACGAGCACGACAAAACAAUGAUGUCUCGAAUUCAAUAUCGACCAACAGAACUUAUGAGUUAAGACGGAAAAAGAAUGAGCAGCAACAACAGCAGCAACAGCAAAAAACGCCUUCUAGGCCUAACUCAGCCAGGGCAUCUGCUAGAACUGACCUUUCAAUGGGGGCUAGAAUAGCUCAGAAGGCUGAAAGAAAUAGCACAAUAUCAUCUAGACCACCUAGCGCCAAAUCACAAAAGUCUUCCAGGGCACCUUCGGCAAAUAGCCAAUCUAGAUCGCAAUCAAACAGCAGAUCAACGUCACCAAAAACUCACGAAAGAGAACUAUGGAAUCGUCGUAAAAGUUACGAUCCUCGCCAAGCAAUAAGAGAAGCCAGAAAUCGAAUAACACCUGAUAACAAUACAGAAAUAAAGACGCCGAGAAAUUUAAAAUUUCAACAUUCUAAUAAUUCAUUAUCAUCUGAUGAAAAUAAUUCAGCAUUCUUGGAGCCAGCUGCCAAAGUAAACCUAGCUGACGGUUCAACGUCUAUCGGUAUGUUAUCAGCAGAAAUUUCUAAUGGUCUAUCGAAACUUUCUUCAAGGGAUUCACCCCUACAAAUAUCCACUCAGGCGUCAAUUCAGAGCUUACACAGUAUCAGUUCGACGUCGUCUGCGUUUAGAGCGCCCUCUAGCGGAGCUAGGCGUAGCCUCUCGUCUCAGCCAUCAAAUGAAACUACUAUAAUCUCGUCAAUUCAACAACUGUCUCUAAGAUGUCGAAAUAAAGCUGAAGUAUUAGCUCAAACUUUAGAAACUUCUACUUCUCUUCUUAAAACUGAAAGUACGAAUGAUUUGCCAGCUUGGUGCUCCAGCACCGAUUUACGCCUUUCUUCCGUGCUGGCCCACCUUAAAGAUACUGAGCACUACUUGAACGUAAUUGAACAAGUGGCACAAACAAAGAAAGACUUUUCUCCACCUAUUACUAGUCCUGUUGAUGGUAAUCGUCUACGUUCGAGAAAAGAACAAGUUCACGAAACAAGCACUUUCCAACCCAUUCCAGCAAAUAAAUUGGAAAGGUCAAGUCAGUCAAAGUUUGGUGCUAAAGAAGAAGACGAUGAAUAUUGGUAG